AUGUCAAUUACAAACGCCUCGGCAUAUGAGGCUGCAAAGUCAGCCAAAUCAGCAUCUCAUACAUUAGCUACACUUCCUACAUCAGCAAGAAAUGAUGCUUUGACAGCAAUCCACACAGCUUUGUCGGAAGCGAAAGAGGACAUCUUGGCAGCGAAUGCUCGAGAUCUUGAGUUGGCGAAAAAAGCAGCUGAGAAUGGCCAACUUAGUCUGAGCAUACUGUCACGGUUAGACCUUGGAAAGAAAGGGAAAUGGGAGGAUAUGUUGAAGGGUAUCUUAGAUGUACGAGGACUUGAAGACCCAGGUGGAAAAGAGUCAACGGAAUCUUUCGUUGCAAUCUCAAAAGUCAUUUCUGCUGCAUUAGAAAACACCCAAGUACCAAAUACAGCCAUUCAACUUGUCACCACCCGAGAUGCCAUCCCACAGCUUCUCGAGCAGGACAGAUUCAUUGACUUGGUUAUUCCAAGAGGGUCAAACGAGCUCGUUCGCUACAUCAAAUCAUCAACCAAAAUCCCAGUCUUAGGUCACGCUGACGGAAUCUGCUCAAUCUACCUCGAACACUCCGUUGACCCAGAUCUCGCAGUCCGAGUUGUAGUAGAUUCGAAAACUUCUUACCCCGCAGCAUGCAAUAGCGUUGAGACAUUACUCGUGGAAGAAGCAGCACUACAGAGUGUUCUCCCUCCAGUAGCGGAAGCGCUCUUAGCAAAAGGAGUCUCACUGCGCUGUGAUGCCAACACCAAAGCAGCACUAACACUGCAUCUCCCAAAGAGCUCCUCAGCAAUCUUACAAGACGCCGAAGAAGUAGAUUUCGACACCGAACAUCUCUCGCUCGUUCUCGCUAUCAAAACAGUUCCAAUUGUCACAGACGCAAUUAUACACAUCAAUAACCACGGCUCACAUCAUACUGAUGUGAUUCUGACAUCCUCCGAGGAAAUCGCUGAACAGUUCAUGUCCGGUGUUGACUCCGCUGGUGUGUUCUGGAAUACAAGUACUAGAAUGGCCGAUGGAAUGCGGUUCGGAUUCGGUACAGAGGUGGGUAUUAGUACGAAUAAGAUUCAUGCUAGGGGACCGGUUGGGCUUGAGGGUUUGAUGAUUUAUAAGUAUAAGAUUCGGGGUGCGGGACAUGUUACUGCGGAAUAUGGGGAGGGAGAGGGACAGAAGAGUUUUAAGCAUCAGAAGAUCGAGUUGUAA